GGGGAGCGGGCUCCCCCCUCGCGACCGGAGGGGACAGGCGGUCCUGCGGCACGGCGAGGCGGCCCCGGAAGCCGGGCAGCACCCAGGAAGAGCUGGAGCUGUCGGAGGGUGGACAUGAGCGACCCUCGGAGUCCAGCCCCGGGCUCCUAGGGGCGGACCCAGCAGCCCCUCAGCUCUCCUGGGAACCUGGAGUGGACGGCGUCCGCUGUGGGCUCUCCCCGCCGCCCUCAGAGCCCAAGGGGUCUCCUCCGCCAUCCAGCCCUGGCCCCAUGCCUGGGAGGAUGGAGCCCAGCACCUGUAAGAGCAGCGGCUCAGAAGAGGACGAGGGCCUCCAGGAGGAGUGUGUUGAAGGGGAAGCUCCCGCUCCGUCUAACCCUUCACCGCAGGCACCCCUAAAGGAUGAAUGUAAGGCAUUUGAGAAUGGGAUUCCCUUAUCCAUUGUAGCCAAGAAAAUUCCAAAGAAAAUCAUAGCCCCAACCGAUGACUUAGAAGCUGGGAGGAGAAAGAGAAGGCGGAAACACAGACUCCUGGCCAUCAAUCUGACCAGCUGCAAGUAUGAGAGUGUGCGACGGGCAGCCCAAGUGUGUGGCCUGAAGGAGGUGGGGGAGGAGGAAGAGUGGACUGUGUACUGGACAGACUGCUCCGUGUCGCUGGAACGAGUCAUGGAAAUGAAGAGGUUCCAGAAAAUCAACCACUUCCCCGGCAUGACGGAAAUCUGCCGCAAAGAUCUGCUGGCUCGGAACCUCAACCGCAUGCAGAAACUCUACCCCUCUGAGUACAGCAUCUUCCCCCGCACCUGGUGCCUCCCAGCAGACUACGGGGACUUCCAGUCCUACGGCCGCCAGCGAAAGACGCGCACUUACAUCUGCAAGCCCGACAGUGGCUGUCAGGGACGCGGCAUCUUCAUCACUCGAAAUCCCCGGGACAUCAAGCCGGGGGAGCACAUGAUUUGCCAGCAAUACAUCUCCAAGCCCUUCCUCAUCGACGGCUUCAAGUUCGACAUGCGUGUCUACGUCCUGAUCACAUCCUGCGACCCCCUGCGGAUCUUCAUGUACGAGGAGGGCCUGGCCCGCUUUGCCACCAUGCCCUACGUGGAGCCCAGCUCUAACAACCUGGAUGACGUCUGUAUGCACCUGACCAACUAUGCCAUCAACAAGCACAAUGAGAAUUUUGUGCGGGAUGAUGCCGUGGGCAGUAAGAGGAAGCUGUCAACACUGAACACCUGGCUACGUGAGCACAGCUAUGAGCCUCGAGAGCUGUGGGGGGACAUUGAGGACAUCAUCAUCAAAACCGUCAUCUCGGCCCAUUCUGUUCUCCGCCACAACUACCGAACCUGUUUCCCCCAAUACCUGAGCGGAGGUACAUGUGCUUGUUUUGAGAUCCUUGGCUUUGACAUCUUGCUGGACCACAAGCUAAAGCCCUGGCUGCUGGAGGUAAACCACUCUCCCAGCUUCACCACGGACUCGCGCCUGGACCGCGAGGUGAAGGACGCGCUCCUCUGUGACGCCAUGACCCUGGUCAACCUCCGCGGCUGUGACAAGAAGAAGGUGAUGGAGGAAGACAAGCGGCGAGUGAAGGAGCGGCUGUUCCAGUGCCACGCACAGCCCCGAGAGCCCAGGCGGGAACAGGUCGAGUCCUCGCAUUUGGCGAUGUUGGACCAGCAGCGCUACGAGGAUUCCCACCUUGGGGGAUACCGGCGCAUCUACCCUGGGCCCAACAUGGAGAAGUACGCUCCCUUCUUCAAACACAACAGCUCCCUCUUCCAGGAGACCGCAGCCUCCAAGGCCAGGGAGGAGUGUGCCAGGCAGCAGCUGGAAGAGAUCCGCCUGAAGCAGGAACAGCAGGACACCUCGGGUGCUCGACGGCGAAAGGAAAGCAAGGACCAGAACCAGGGUGAAUCUGCCGGGGAGAGGAGCCGCGCCAGGCCGAGGCCCCGGGGCCCUGCCACUCACCUGGCCCACAGGAACCGGAUCCAGGAGAGAGAGCUGGUCCCAGUGCACCUGGACACCAUGCAACCUCAAGAUAUUGUGGAAGAAGAGGAGCUGGAGCGGUUGAAGGCCCUGAUACAAAGGGAGAAUCUUAUCCGAAGCAUGGGUAUCAUACAGCAGCUCACCCGCAUGCUGCACCCCAGUCACCAGGGCCAGAAAAAGCCUCAUGAGUAUCGGCCUAGAUGUCACCAGGACGGGCCGGGCAAUCAGGAGCCACAGACGGUGAAUCUGGUCCCACUGAUGCUCCUGAGAGGCCCUGCCGCGAGGCAGGUCGCUCCUCACCUCCUGCACCUGGUUCGGCCCCAGGAAUUGAUCCCUAGGAUCUUAGGGCCGCUGACAAACGUGGACGCUGCGGUUCCACACCAGCCCCAGUGCCACCUGCAGUCCAAGAGCCUCAGCUGGACAGGAGACCCAGCCGUCAUCAGCUCCCGUUUCUUGUCAAUGAAGAGAUCCGGGAGGCACUAUUUUUCCAGCACUAGAUUCAGGCUCACUGGCAAAGGCCAAGCCAGCAGAAGGCUAGAAGCCAUAAACCGCACCCUGACGGGAUCAGUGCCGCCUCCCCUAACCCCAAAGCAGGGCUACCUUCUGCGACCGGAGAGAGCGGCAAGUGAAUCAUGGACUGGAUGCACUUUGCCCUCCAUGAUACAUUCUGAACACAUAGCGACCAAGCGCCUCACCCUCUGCCGCGCCUCUGCACCCGCACAGCGUUCCGGUGCCCUCAACAUCACCCAGCACAGUUUGACACAGGACCCUCGACUGCGUAAGGCCAAAAGACACCGAGAAUUCCUCAACGCCCUAAGACUGCUCGGGGAUCCACGAAGACUCAACGGCGAAGGGGAGCCACGGCUGGCCAUCGCGCUCAUCACUGCUCGUCAAGCCUUAGCCCGUGCUUUACUCGCUGGGCGCUGGGUUCGAACCCUGGGUGCGGCCUGGGGUUGGAGAUCAACCAGGCGACAAGGAGCCCCGUCCCCGGAGGAGCCGAGUGCCCACCGCACGGCGCUUGGGUAGCCUCAGCAGCCGGCCAAGGGGCGCCCUUCCCGCCGCAGUGGUGGGGACAGGCCUGGGCAGGCUGGGCAAAGGGGGCGGCUUUUGGCAAUUGAAUCUUUUUAUUAAAGUUUAUGUCGUUUUCCA